GCCAGAGUCCAGGUUCAACACUGCGGACACAGCCAAGAGGUACGUGGUCAAGACCAGUCAGGGCAAAUGCAUCCGUUUUCAAUUCGGAGAUCAAUGCCUGGACCUUAAGAUUGUCGCAAGCCACACAUAUCUGGGGGUGACAGACAUCACGGCGGCCAAAAUCUGGAGCCUGGUUACCCAGCAACUGCGUCAGAUUACCAAGUCUUACAGCAUGUUUACCUUGGAGGCCAACAAGGACCUGCUGCUCAGACUCAAGAUUGAGGACCCCGUCGACCCAAUUUACAAGGCAUUUAUCAGAUGCACCACCAAACCCCAAGCAGAAUACGACGCACUGCAGGUUUGGGAGUCUCAUGGACAAUGGCUGAGCACCCUUCGUGGGCGCUUCUAUGACAAUUCUGAGGCAGCAUCUCAGGCUGCUUUGGGUGCUCGCACCGGCCCUGAGUCAAGAACCUCUGGCAAAGCUAGAGUCAUGCCAGUCCAUUUGGUUGCGGAACAAUUUGCCUGUAACGAGUGUGGGUUUGCCUUCGCCACACAAGCGGCCCUCAAAGCACACAAAUUCAAGAUGCACUAUGAAGAAGUCGACAAGAAGGACGAAGUGCUGCAGGCAGCCACACAUAUGACAUGGCAGGAGAUGGCGCUGCUCCCGGCGGUCGGGAACAUGUCAUCGGCAGUGAAUCGGGAGCUGUCGGAGGCCACCAGCGAGCUGGACAUGAUCAAAGCGCUGACUCCAGGUCUGGCCACAACGGCACAGACAACAGCGGCCCCGACCUCAGCACCGAUGGACACAUCGAAGAAGAAAGAGGACGGCAAGGAGGAGCACCCGGCGCAAGCAAAGGUGGCUAUCAGAGCCGGGGCAAAGGAAGAUCUCAGGAUUCUUCCAGCUGGGACGGUUGGAAAAAUUGGGAGAACCACGGCCCUGGAAAGCCUCCUUGCAGACCCGGCGAAGAUGGAGAAUGCCAAGAAGCUGGGCUGGAUCAAGGACGGCCACUUCACUGGAAUGAAGUGGAACCCGGACAAGAAGGUCCACGAGCUGGACGAGAGCGUCCCCUUGGUGCUAAUCCAGGGUGCCAUGGAAGUCCUCUUCAAGGCAGUGAAGCUGAGCGGAGCCCUUCGCGGUGAACCGCUACCACGCCAUGAGGCCGCUCUCAUCCGAGUACACAAGCCCUACCCUCACCAUGUUUCUGGAAGUGGGAUUGAGGACGGCAGAGGCGAAUCGUCUCUGGAGUAUUUUCAACAACCUGUCCCAGACUUCAGUAUGGGUGGCCGUGGGUGCGUACUGCCGCCACGAACGGCUCCAGCAGAGCGCCCUAGCCAAUCGGCUUGCACAGAGUUCCAGCAACUAGUGCUGGGAGCUCAGCUCUGCAACCGUAGCAAUCACUGCUACGCCAACUCAGUGCUGAAGUGCAUUAUGUGGUUGAGCGCAGACUUGACAGAGUUUCAGGCCGCGAUCGGGAAUUCAAUUUUCAGCGACAUCAGGCCAGCUUUUCAGGGACAACCGCUUUCUUUGCGGCAGCUCCCAUCAUGGCAGGAGGCAACGAGAGAGUGGGCGAUGCCUCACUCGCAACAUGAUGCGGGAGACUUCCUCAGAUUCCUUGCGGAACAUUGCCCCGGACUCAGAUUUGCACUGGAGAUGACGUGGGAAGCCAGGUCCUUUCGUGGAGAUGAGCUACCGUGCCUCCACAUUGCAGACGCUAUACUACCUCAGUCACACUGUACCUGA